CUUCUCCCUCGUGUGUCUCCUGCAGAGUCCAUGGAGGCCCUGGCCAGCCUGAAGAGCAGAACCACCCAGCAGUUCUUCUUCAACCUCACCUCCAUCCCCGGGGAUGAGCUCAUUACCUCCGCAGAGCUGCGCAUCUUCAGGGACCAGGUCCUGGGGGCCACGCCCCUCCCCACCUCAAGCAACGGCAGCACCGGCAGCACCGGCAGCACCGGCGCGGGCCUCCAUCGCAUCAACGUGUACGAGGUGUUCGGGGCCCCCUCCUCCCCCGGCGGGGAGACCCUGACCCGUCUGCUGGACACGCGGCUGGUGCAGGACUCUCUGAGUCGCUGGGAGAGCUUCGACGUCAGCCCCGCAGUGUCCCAGUGGGCCUCCGGGGGGCGCCGCAACCACGGCUUCCAGGUGGAGGUUUUCCACCACCCUGGGGAGGGCAGUGGGGACGGCAGGAGCCGGCACGUCAGGGUGAGCCGGUCCCUCCACCAGGACCAGGACUCAUGGCCGCAGGUACGCCCCCUGCUGGUGACGUACGGUCACGACGGGAUAGGCGACGGCGUGCUGCACACGCGGGAGAAACGUCAGGCGACGCACCGCAAGCAGCGCAGGAAGCAGCAGAAGGCCAGCUGCAAGAGACACGCGCUCUACGUCGACUUCAGCGACGUGGGCUGGAACGAGUGGAUAGUGGCGCCCCCCGGCUACCAUGCCUUCUACUGCCACGGCGAGUGCCCCUUCCCCCUGGCAGACCACCUCAACUCCACCAACCACGCCAUCGUGCAGACGUUGGUCAACUCAGUCAACUCCAACAUCCCCCGGGCGUGCUGCGUGCCCACGGAGCUCAGCCCCAUCUCCCUGCUCUACCUGGACGAGUACGAGAAGGUCAUCCUGAAAAACUACCAGGACAUGGUGGUAGAGGGCUGUGGAUGCCGGUGAGGCGGAGAGAGAUUGAGGGAGCGAGAGAGAUGGAAGAGCAAAAAAAACGAGAGAGAGGGAGGGAGAGAGAUAAAGAGCGAGAAUGAGAGCGAGAGAGGGAGGGAUGGAGAGAGGGACUGAGAGACUAAGACAGAGGUUGUGGACACCCGGUUUCCCAAUGAAGACUCUUAUUUAUAUGAAAGAAAGACCGAGCUAUUUUGGAAGAAGAAAAAAAAACUAUAUAUGAAUAUAUUUAAAAAAUACAUAUUUUAAUCGGAGGAAUAUUCCUUUACUGGUUUUGAAAAUGUAUUUCUGAUGUACAUUUUGAAAUGGGUGCAAUACCACAUGAAGUAUAAUGCUCAGAUUUUUAUUUUGUAUUUAUUUCUAUUAUAACCACUUUAUUUGUAAAUAAAUAAUGUGUAUUUAU